AUGGGUCGUCUUCACUCCAACGGAAAGGGAAUUUCGGCUUCCGCCGUCCCCUACAGCCGCAGCGCUCCCUCGUGGCUCAAGACCACCCCCGACCAGGUCGUCGACCAGAUCUGCAAGCUGGCCAAGAAGGGUGCCACCCCAUCCCAGAUCGGUGUCAUCCUGCGUGACUCCCACGGAGUUGCCCAGGUCAAGGUCGUCACUGGUAACAAGAUUCUGCGAAUCCUCAAGUCCAGCGCGCAGACACGCCUGAAACUCGGUGCCCACGGCACGACUUCAGGACGCCUCGCCCCUAAUAUCCCUGAGGACCUCUACAUGUUGAUCAAGAAGGCCGUCGCUGUCCGCAAGCACCUCGAGCGCAACCGCAAGGACAAGGACUCCAAGUUCCGCCUGAUUCUGAUCGAGUCCCGUAUCCACCGUCUGGCCCGUUACUACAAGACCGUCGGUGUCCUGCCCCCCACCUGGCGCUACGAGGCCGCCACCGCCUCCACUCUCGUCGCCUAA